AUGAUGGUUGAAAAUAAACAGAUUAAAAUGUCUUCUUCUCUGCUACUGAUGCUUCAGAUCACAGUGGCAACUGGAGGAAUUUCAUCCGUUGUCAGAAGAGGAGAUGAUGCCAUGUUGUCCUGUACAAAUCUGAAUGUGCAUGACUGUGGUCAGAUUGGCUUUAUUUUCACUGUGGAGACUGACACAACAGAACUGGUCCAACGUGGCCAGAUUCAGGAAAACAGAAAAGUUACAACAGACAGACUAAGAAUGACAGCAGACUGCUCUCUGGUUAUAAAGGAGGUCAUACCUGAAGAUGCCGGCCUCUAUGACUGCCAGCAGAACCAUCAUCAGCAAGUUGAAUAUACUGAGAAUUGGCUGUCAGUUGUUAGCAUAAAUAAGGAAGAAGUUGAUGAAAAGAUUGCGCUGACCUGCAGUGUGUCGACAUAUGUACAAUGCAAACAUCCAGUGAAGUGGCUAUAUGAGGAAAAUGAAGUGACCAGAGACAACAAAAACAUACGGUUAUCACAGGUCGUCUGCUGGUCUACAGUCACAUUUAAAAAGUCAAUCAACACCGAGUCGUUCACGUGCAAAGUAGAAGACAAAAACACUGGAAAUAUUCACCUGUUUCCCUUCAGGCCUCGGUCUUCAGGUGGGGAUACCACAAAACCAGCUGUGGAAAGUACAGAAGAACAGAUGACCACACCAGCAUCUGAAACUAGAAGAAAUAAAACAAAUCAAGUUUGGAUCCGGUUCUUCAUUGGGUUUGUGGGUUUAACAGCGCUCUCAGUAACUGCUGUGGUCCUCCCUAAGUGGAUGAAAAGGAAAAGGAAUAACUCACAGAUCAGUCACAGUGAUGUCACAGUGACUUAUCGCGCUGCAGCUUCCUCCUCUUCUGCUUCAGUCUCCAUUAACCCUGAUGACUUCUAUGAAAAUGCAGAUUAUGGAAAUCAAUAACAGACCACAGUGUCAUAUGUAACAGCCUGUCGACCACAUCCUAAGUUGUUUUAUGUCUAAACCAAACCGUACCCAUUGUCUAGUGCAGUGGUUCCAACCUUUUUUGGCUCCUGACCCCAUUUGAACAUCACAAAUUUCU